CAGCGCGAGGCUUCCGGCAUCCAGCCGUGCUCGAAUUCCGCCGUAUGGUAGUGGCAACGACAUCUCAGACAGCGGUCGUCUCCAUCCUUGUUAUCGUCGUCACUUCAGCUUUGUACAACAUGCUUUUCUCUAGAAAGUGGGAUCCUCGCGGCAAGCACUGUCUUAUCACUGGGGGCUCGCGAGGGACAGGCCUUGCAUUGGCUAUCCUGCUAGCAAAACGGGGUGCUCACGUUUCCAUCGUUGCCCGAGAUAAGCCCAGACUAGACAAAGGUCUUGAAGAGCUCGAGCGAGUGCGCCAGGACCCAAAACAGAUAUUCCGAGCAUAUUCCUUCGCUGUCGACUCAGAAAUCGGAUCGGCCGCCGCAUUAAAGGCCGCCGGAGAACCGCACGGUGGGCGAUGCCCCGAAGCUCUGUUUCUCUGUGCCGGCGCAUCGCGCCCAGGGUUCUUCAUCGAUCAAACAGAAGAGUCCUUCAUGGGCGGCAUCCAGAUGACUCUCGGCGCACAAGCGUUCACGGCUCUCGCGGCUACUAAAGAAAUGGUCCGGCAAGGGGUCAAGGGCAAGAUCGUGUUUGUCUCUUCGAUUCUGGGACUCAUGUCGUUUGUUGGCUAUACCACCUAUGCUCCCGGGAAGUUCGCUAUUAGAGGCCUGGCGGAGACUCUGCGUUCGGAAUUGAAGAUGUAUGGAAUCGACGUUCACGUGGCGUUCCCCGCGACGAUCCUUUCACCAGGCCUGGACGAGGAGAACGAGGUCAAGCCAAAGGUCACCCUGAAGAUCGAGGAGACAGAUAGCGGUAGCCCUCCGGAGGAUAUCGCCGCGGGUAUUCUGCGAGGCGUCGAGAAGGGUUCCUUCCAUAUUACAAUGGAUUUCUUCGGCGAUGUGUUCCGCGCGACCGCCGCUGGUGCGUCUCCACGGCAUAACCCGUUCCUAGACAUCUUGUAUGGGCUCAUCGGCUACAUUGCGCUACCCUUCUGGCGCAAGUCGAUAGACGCGCAAGUCGCCGCACACGCAGACGAGCAUCGCGAGUACUGCCACACAAAGGGUUACUUGUCCUGAGCGUACCUUAGCUCAGUUUAUGGCACGCUACAUGUGCUCGAAUUUCAAUCUGACCUUCAUUUCUACUCCUGUGUCCGAGAAGAGCGCAAUAGACAAGGGCGUAUAUCUGUAAGCAUCAUCCCCGAUGUUAGCCUACUCGGAACCACAUUCUGCUUACAUACACAUCCCCUUAAUGAACCUCAACGCC